AGGUGGGCGUGUCCUAAACUGACCACGCCCCUCGCGUAAUUCGCGGAGGGGGCGAAAAUUAGACCCCUUUGCCGACCCCUCGCACUAUAAAACAGGAGUUUCCGUCCUUUUCGGCCUUUGCACGCACUAGACUUCCUCCCCCUUUGUGUGGUAGUAGCUACUGGUCGUCAGAUCUGCAGAGAGAGGAGAGGAAAGGGCAUAGAUCGGUGCCAACUGGCAGGGUUAUGAACUGUCUCCUAGCAACAGGCACCCCCAUCCCUUUUCCUUGGCCUCAAAAUGGCUGGAGAUUUAGCUGGUCUUGUGAGUCGUCUGGAAGCAGUAACCGCUCGUCUAGAAGGGGUGGCCGGAGCGAAGGGCACGGCACCCGCAGGAGGAUCAACCUCAAAGAGAUUGGAGGCGCUAGCCACUCGAUUGGAGGCUUUGGCCGACAGAAAGAAGGGAGGAGCUGGUGGAGAUGGUGAUGCCCUGGAAUUUGUCGACGAAUACAAAACUUGUGUCAUCCAGGGGAAACUGGUGAAGUACUUUGAACUUUCGGCAAAGAUCGGCGGGGAUGUUGCAACACAAGCAGAGAUUGUCAAGUCAGCGUUCCAAGUCCAGACGACAUUCUUAACAGCUGCCGGGACCCACAAGGCCCCUCCUCCAGCCGUGCUACAAGAAGCUCUUAAGCCUACGUCAAGAAAAGUUGGAGACGUUCAGGGUUACUGUGAUAGGAACAGAGGAAGUAAGAUGUUUAACCACUUGAUGGCUGUGAAGGAGGGCAUUGGUUGCAUCGGCUGGGUUACCGUGGCUCCAAAGCCGGCGAAUUAUGUGAAGGAGAGUGCUGAUCAAUCUCAGUUCUAUACCAACAGAAUCAUCAAGGAAUACAAGGGAAAAGACGAAAAUCAUGUGGAAUGGGCACGUGCCUUCGUAGCAGCCAUCAUGGACCUGCGUGAUUACGUCAAGGUGCAUCACACAACAGGACUGUCCUGGAACCCCGAGGGGCCAGUAUUGUCGGCAUCGGGUGGAGCUCCUCCUCCACCGGGUGGUCCUGGAGCCCCGCCCCCUCCUCCUCCACCUGCAGUGGUCCCGCCCAGCGAUGCAGCAGCCCCGGAUCCAGAAGCAGACAAGAAGAGUGCUCUACUGGCUGACCUCAGCAAAGGAGCCGCCGUUACCAAGGGUCUGAAGAAGGUGACAGACGACAUGAAGACCCACAAGAACCCGGCGCUGCGAGGGUCCUCCGUCGUCAAGGCCAGCGUCAAAUCUUCCUCGACAACCACCACUCCCAAAUAUGGUGCCACUGUGGCUGCUAAGAAACCACCGAAACUGGAACUGCAGAACAAGAAGUGGAUAGUUGAAUACCAGGAGAACCAGAAGGGACUACAGAUCACGGAAACCAACCCGAAACAGACGGUGUACAUGUACAAGUGUACCGGUUCCACCCUCGUCAUCAAGGGGAAAUGCAACUCCAUCGUCCUCGAUAACUGCAAGAAGUGUGCCCUGGUUUUCGAUGAUGUCAUUUCCUCCUGUGAGAUCAUCAACUGUCAGAGUACACAAGUCCAGGUUAACGGGAAGUGUCCGACGGUGUCCAUCGACAAGACAGACGGUUGCCAGGUGUACCUGAGCAAGGUCUCCGUGUCGUGUGAGAUCGUCUCGGCAAAAUCCUCCGAGAUGAACAUCUGUGUUCCCAAGGGAACCGACGGAGAAUUUAGUGAGCAUCCAGUCCCGGAGCAGUUCAAGACAAUGUGGAACGGGAAGCAGCUCGUUACCACGGCGUCGGACCUCAACUUGUAGUCAUGGAAACCGAUCCAACUGUGGAAAAUUUUAGCUGCCGAAUUUUAGACUAUUUCUAGAUUUUGUUUGUUAGCGAAAUUUUAGUUUAGCCUUCACUUUCGUACGUAUGUACUAUGCUGCAUGUAUAGUAACUAGAGUGUUUCGUGAAAAACAAGAGAUUUUGUUUUACUUUCA